GUCCUCACAGAACCGCUCGGCUGUUGGAUGGGCGGAGCUGCGGCGGCGGCGUAGGGUUGGCAGGCAUGUUGGCGCUCUAAUCGCCGCAGCUGGUCGGCGUGAGGGGCUCCAGGGCUCUGGGCAGGGAAGAUGGCGUCUCGGGCAGGCCCGCGAGCGGCCGGCACCGACGGCAGCGACUUUCAGCACCGGGAGCGCGUCGCCACGCACUACCAGAUGAGUGUGACCCUCAAGUAUGAAAUCAAGAAGCUGAUCUACGUGCAUCUGGUCAUAUGGCUGCUGCUGGUUGCCAAGAUGAGCGUGGGGCACCUGAGGCUCUUGUCGCAUGAUCAGGUGGCCAUGCCCUAUCAGUGGGAGUACCCCUAUUUGCUGAGCAUUGUGCCCUCCCUCUUGGGCCUCCUCUCCUUUCCCCGCAACAACAUUAGCUACCUGGUGCUCUCCAUGAUCAGCAUGGGGCUCUUUUCCAUCGCUCCCCUCAUAUAUGGCAGCAUGGAGAUGUUCCCUGCUGCACAGCAGCUCUACCGCCAUGGCAAGGCCUACCGCUUCCUCUUUGGUUUCUCUGCCGUCUCCGUCAUGUAUCUGGUGUUGGUGCUGGUGGUCCAAGUGCAUGCCUGGCAGUUAUACUACAGCAAGAAGCUCCUAGACUCUUGGUUCACCAGCACACAGGAGAAGAAGCGUAAAUGAAGCCUGCUUGAUGAACUACUGUGUGAGGUGAAGCCUGGGCCUCCCAUCCAGUGGAGUGAGAGGGUAGAGGAGCUGUUCUAAAACCUCCUUCGGUGAUUUUGGCAGCUGCAAUGUUGGCAACUAGUGCAAACUAGGCCCAAGUUCUGCAAAGCCCCUUCUGUUGCAAUCAGCUGGUAGCAAAACUAUGUUUAAUUUACUCCUGGUUGGUGGAACUGGGUGAUCGGCAGCUGUGAAACAAAUUUCAGCUGGUUGAAGUUGAGAUCCUUCUGAGUUUUUCAUCCUUGCCUCUUGGUCAUUGUCUCCGCUUCCAUCCAUCACCCCUUAGCCACCGAGACUGAAGGAGAUAGGGAAUAAAUCACAGUCUACUUCAAUCAAUGAGUCAUGGGGCAGGAAACAUUUGAGAGGCUGCUCCCCUUGCAGGCUGUGGUCUCUACUGUGAAGCGUUUUAAUUAAAAAACCUCAAUAAAGUUACAACUGCCUUGUC